AGGGCAGUGGGGUGGUGGCACCCAGGGCAGUGGUGUGUCCCUCGGUGCCAGCCGGUCCCAUGCAGCUGGCAGGGAGGUGGUUCCUGGUUGGCAUGGCCUCCCGCUGCAGCUUCCUGGCUGAGCACAGCCACCGGCUGGAGGCCACAGCAGUGACGGUGACCACUGGUGAUGGGCAGAGCCUGGACAUCAGCACCUUCAGGAAGCUGGAUGGGAUAUGCUGGGAGAUCAGGCAGCGCUACCUCCCUGCCCAGGCGCAUGGACACUUCCUCCUGAAGGGCCGUGGCCAUGGCAGCAAGGUGGACAUGGUGGUGGGGGAGACAGACCACAGCAGUUAUGCCAUCCUCUAUUACCAGAAGGGCCGGAACAUCUCAGUCAAACUCUAUGGACGGAGCAGCCAGGUCAGCGAUGCUGUCAUAGACAAAUUUGAGCAGCGUUUGAGGGCUGUGGGCCUGAGCGAAGAUGUGACCUACUACUUCCCUACGUACGGGUUCUGUGACUCCACAGAUGAAUUUCACGUCCUCGAUGGUGAGUUGUGGGGUCCAGGCGAUGCACUGGGUCCCCCCAUGGGCCAGGCCUGGCCCCACAUAGGGCAGCACAUGGGUUCUCCUGCCCUGGCUGGGAGCUGGGCACAGAGGGUUCAGACCCUCACCACACCCAUGUGGUCCUGCUGGGGGACCCCAAGACAGGCAAGAAGGUGGCAGACCAGCAGCCAAGAUGGGCAUCAGGUGCAUGCUGGCAAAACAAAGUCCUGUUCACUCCCCACAUGGGUCAGGCAGGUUUAGUGGGAUUUUAGUGGUGUUUCCAGGGGUGAGGGUUGGUCUGGGACAGGGACACCCCUGGGUGAGGGUUGGGGUCCCCAAGGACAGCUCCAUCAGUUGUCACUGGUGCUUGGGGGUGGGUCUCCAGCCCUUGUGCUGGGCUUGGACAUCUCCCUAGCCCCUCAGCACUUCCCUUUCCCUUCCAGAAACAAAGCUGUAGAUGCAGAUGGUGUUGCCAGGAGGUCCUCAGUGCUCAGCCUUCACCUCAUCCAGCUGCCCAUGGCCACACAGGACUGAGCUCAGGCUUGGUCAGACCCUAUUGCUGCUCCUGGGGCUCCCCAUCUCCUCCAGCGGCAUUGGCAGCCAUGUGGGUCCUUGUUCUGCCCCUGCCAGGU